UAUUUAAUGGUUGUCUACAGAUAUCAUUAGUGAGGUACGUCGUUAUCAGGGAAGCGUCAUCACCUGUGCGUUGCGAUCGACACGAGCACUUAAAAUUUAUGCAAGAUGGCGUCAAAUGCUCCAAGAACGAGCGAUCUUUUACUCAAGCUUCCUCCUGCAUUCGCGUUAGAUGGCAGUACAGUACACAUGAUCGAUUCGCCACGACCUGAGGAUGCGAGAUUGCGCGAGGGACGGAGAGGCGCGGAAUGCUGGCGCUGCGAGGACACUGAGGUCUGCGAGGACCAUCGCGGGAAAUGACCAUGACGAGCGUGGCUGUCGCCCCGGGUAGCCUCGGCGCACCUCCAGCUAUGCUCACCCCCAAGAUGUAUCAUCUGCAACAGGGUCUCGGCCCGACGUCCGGCACGCCCACCUCCGGCAAGAGCUACGAUACCCUGAGCAAGGGCAAGAAGUCGUGGAGCGUGCGGCUGGGCCUGUCGCGGCAGCAUCAGCACCCCGGGGAUGACCCCGGCAAGGGUGGCUGGGGCACCAUAAGCGGCGGCAGCGUGCUCUCCCGUCAGAUGAUCUACAGCGGCGAUCCGUGGCUGUACGGCACGGUCAGAUCGUCACGGCUCGUCGGGCAUGACCCGCCGCGACCUUUCCUGACACCCCCGCCGCCACCGGGCGCGGCGCCGUUGCUCGUGGUAUGUUCCUGCCCGGAGUUCCUCGCCGGCACCGUAAGGAAGCUCGGCAGCUGCCGCAAGUGCGGCGGCCACCGGGUGGCCGGUCUGCCCCUCGGAGGAACCUGCCGGCUACCGUCGUCCUCGAGGUCCCGGCCGAGCCUCGCCGGCGUGCUGAGGACCGCUAUCGACGAUCCGUACGACCAGAUGCGACGGAACCGGCUGGUGGAGCCGAGAUCGCGGGCGCGCAGCAUCUCGCCGCAUCGACCAUCUUCGCAGCGAGAUUCCAGGAGCCAGAGUAUGGUCUCGCGGGCCGCCGCGAAGGAGCGAAAGGGCACGAACGAGGGUGCGUCGCUGUCGUCGUCCAGAUCCGAGUGGUUCGACAAGGAGCCGAGCGCGAUAGUGAGCUAUGACGAUCGUAAAUCGCGACCCGGUUUCAUCAACGGCGGCGGCGCGUCCUCGGACGAUUGGAUGCUGGACGAGACUCCGGAGAGUCACUCGCGAACUCAUUCCGUCGCGACGACGUCCGCCAAGCUGACUCGCGUCCCACAGAAGCCAACGAGGGAGGCGAAUCAGAAGAAGAUCAGCCAGGACGAGUGGAAGAACGGAACAACAACGUCAGUUACCGCGGACUCGCGGAAGAGCAUCCUCGAGUGCGACGUGAAUCCGUAUUUGUUACUAAAGAAGCAGAAGGACGAGGACGAUCUGAGCGACGAUCUGUCGGACAACGCGCUGGAGCAGGACGACCUCAGAACGCAGUCGUCCAGUCUGUUCGACCCGUCGAAAGUGAAGUCGAUCGAGAGGAUACCGAAUAGGAGUGCCGUAGCGGCGAUCGGUGGUCAACGGAUCAGGGUGUUCAACGAGAGGCGCAGAGAGAUAUCGGACGACGACGACGACGACGUGCCGGCGCCGAUCACCAGGAUCCCGAUACCGAAGGUGUCGCCAAAGAGACCGCCGAGGCGAUUGAAAGAGGCCCGGCAGACGCUGAAGAGCAUCCUGAAGCGCGGCCGGGUGAUUGAGAGCAAGAGGAAGAACGUGCUCUUCAACGUCGACAACGUGAUAUUCGCGCCCGAGAAGCCGUCCGAGGCGACGCGACUCUCGUGGAGCAGGAUCGGCAGAAUCGCCAAUUGCGGCAAGGAGCAGCGGGACAACAGCCCCGAGCCCAAAGAGGAACGCGAGGAGGCGCCGAUUGUGCCGCAGGAGCAGCAGGAGAAACACAACUUCAUCACGAUCCCAAACAUCAGGGAUCCACCGAAGGUGGACAAAGUCAGGUACAAGGAGCCGAGGAUCGUGCCGGAAGUGAAGAAAACCGCGCCGCCCGGUCCUGACAGGAUCAAGAUAGACAAGUUCGUACCGUCCAGGAAGUUCGAUCGUUCCGCCGAGUUCAAGAAGCAAGUUCAAGACAAGAUCGGUAACGAGCCGCGAGUCUCACUCAACAACUCGCUAUCCUCCUCGAAGACCGACGUUCCCAGAGAGCGGGAGAGGAUAUCACCGGAGAAGAGGAGAGAGAAUUUGUCGGACGAGAGAACCGUCAGGCUCGAGGACGAGACCGAGCUGGAGAUUGAGAUCGAGGAGCUGAAGGACCGUCUGCCGGGCAUCGCCGUGGACGAGAAGGAUCUGAUCUUGAAGUCCGAAGAUAACUCCAGAAAAUCCUUGACGCGGAGUCAAAGCGAUCGGUCGUUCAGUAAACCGAAAAUCUCGGCGGGUGACAUCCUGUUCUCGGAUACGAUGCGGCUCAGUCUCGGCAAGAAAAUCAAAGAAUCCUCCUCGUCGUCCACGUGUGCAGUUUCGCGCGAGGACGCAGACGAGGAAAAUUCGCCGAGAAGGAAAAGCAGGAAGGAAGAAAUCGAGGGAGAAACGGGCAAGGAGUCCGAUUGCGAGGUCAGGGCGAGCAAAAACGUGGAGGAAAUUCUCGGGAAGACUGCUGAUAAUGCCGAGAAGGAGGCUGAACCGCCGUCAGACUCGCGCAGCGACAUUUCCGACGCGAGCAACGAACAUUUCCGUACGAUGAGACCUACAAGCUGGUCUCCGCCGCCCGGUAGGCAGAGACAUCGCUUCAAGGUCGGUGACUCCAGCGCGGACGAGAGUCCCGUCAACUCGAUCAAGGAUCAUCGGCGAACGGUCUCCUCGGCAUCGACGGCGUCGUGGAACUCGACGAGCUCCUACGGAUCCUCGAAGAUCGAGAUCAACUCUGCCGAGAGCAACGUUUGCAAGAUCACGGUGAGCCCGCGCUCGUCGCCGCUGGUACAUCGGCUGCAGAUCGGUCCGGAUUCCGGUCAGAAAGGCGCCAAAAGAACGUCCAUCCUUAUCAACGGCGAUCAAAAUACAAACGCGGAACUGACGCCGGGUAACAAGGUGACUAUCAGCGUAGGCGGGGAGGAUAGCGUGUGCAAUCCGACGGUGAUCUCCGUGAACUCGGAGAACCCGCCGAAGGUCCAGAACUCCGUGGAGAAUCGCACUCUGGUGAUACUCCAGAAUUACAAGUCGAACAUCGUGGUCGAGUCGGCGAACGACGAUUCGCGUUCCAAACAGGCCGGGAAGGAUAAUCGCAUCGUCGAAAACGGCGAGACGAAUCCGAAGAUGAAUGGCGAGGUACCAGCGCCGUCCAGUGACGACACUUCGUCGUGUCGAUACGUGGAACCGCCGGCGGCGAAUUUCGAGAGACAGAAGAGGCUAAGCGUCGAGAUUAAACCUUCCAAUUCUAAUCAGUCCUCGAGAUUUUACGCGUCGGACGAAAGAACAGCGCGGCCGGAGUCCAAGUCGCGGUUCAAGGACGUCGAAAGUCCUUCCAAACUGUCCGGCUUGUCCAAGGAGGCUUUGAUCUCCAAGCUGCUUGAAGAUUCCCUACGAAAGGCUCGCGAGAACGGUGAGAUCCUGGACGAGGACAGCGGCCAAGUAAUCCUGAAAAUCCUGAAGCAGAGCUUGCUGAAGAGCAAAGAGUACGAAAGCUCCGAGUCUACUCUGGAGGCGAAUUACUCGCGUUCGUCCAGCUUGAACUCCGAUGGUGAUUUUAUCUCGACGAAUCUCUUCCUCGAGGAGAACCCGUACGAGGUGAUCAAGGAGCCGAUCUACGAGGAGAUACCCGACGAGCCGCCACCGUUGCCGCUGAGUCCGCCACCCACGGAGGAUUACAUCAAAGAUAGAAUCUACUUCGGGGACGUGGAAUACUACAAGAAAGUCACGCCGGGUCAGUUUCUCGGUCCCUAUUUGUCGGAGGAAGUUUUCAAGAAGUCCAACUCGGAGGACCUGGCCGAGACCUACUUGUCCAAGAGUCCCGAAGAUUUCUUCAAGAAAAUGUCGACGUCGCCCGAUGACGAGAACAAUAUCUCCACCAAAUUCGAAUUGCUGAGCUUUCUGAUGGAUUCCAAGGACCGCGCGCGCCCCGCGGAGGAGGACGAGGAUGAGGACGAGGACGAGGAGGACGAUGCCGAGGGAGACCUGGAGGCUCUGUACGAGCAGAAGGAGACCAGCCUGGGCGACCUCAGUUCCAAGAGCUCGCAGAUCUCCAACGUGUCCGACAGCAGUGAGGAGUGCAAUAUCAUCCUGACGAGCUCGCCGGAGGCGUUGAAGUCGAGAACGGUCGACAUAGAGAGAACCGACAGCGGGGUCGGAUCUGAGAGCAGCCAAGCCAGUAGCACUCGCUGUGUCGCGAGGCGCUGGAGAACGGGCAACGUCUCCUCCAGCCCGGGGAGUCUCCUCGGUGGAAUGCCGCAGGUAAUUUCCGGGGCCACGAAGCUGUGCGAGGAUUGCGAGCAGCGGCUGGACCCCCUGAUAACCGACAGCGGUGUGGUUUAUGCGCCUUUCGUGUGCAGGAAGUGCUCGAAGAAGCGCGCGGAACGGAAAGAGAUUAUCACGGAAAUCGUGGAAACCGAGCAGAAGUACGGCAGAGAUCUCCAGAUCAUACUUGAGGAGUUCCACCAGCCGAUGUUAAGGGCGGGCCUUCUCACGUCGGAGCAGCUGUCGGCGAUCUUCCUGAACGUCGAGGAGCUGCUCGAGCACAAUCUCGUUCUCGCCGAGAAACUGAAGGAUAGCGUGGAGCUCGCUCAGGAAUCCGGGGACGAGGACCUCUUGACGGUGGACGUGGGCAAGAUCUUCCUCGAGUCGGAAAGGAUGCUCCACGCUUUCGAGAGCUACUGCACGCGCCAAGGCGGCGCCAGUUUGUUGCUGCAAAAUUUGGAGAAGGAGAAGGAGCUCCUUCGCAUCUUCCUCAGGGUCUCGCAAAUGGAGAACACGGUUUUGCGAAGGAUGAACCUGAACUCCUUUUUAAUGGUUCCUGUCCAAAGAGUAACGAAGUAUCCUCUGCUUCUGGCACGUUUGCUCAAAGCGACGCCCUUCGUUCGACCUGACAUCCAAGAAGCGAAGAAGAGGCUCAAGCAGGCUCAAACGAACAUCGAACUACACUUGGAACACAUGAAUGCUGAGGCGAAGGAUGUUACAUCGACGAAAUUGUGGAGGAGAAUAUCGAUUAUUCAAAAUGGCAGACGGUCCAUCGGCGAGCAGGACAUGGUGAACAUCAAGCUGAGAAAGAUGGCCGUCGAGAUCCUGGAAUGGGCACACGAAGAAGCUAGGUUUGUCCUCGAAGGACGUCUUCUAGUGGCGCAGCCGACUGAUAAUAACUGGAGACGCGGCCGAACCGUUAAACUCGCACCUGUUACUGCCAUGCUUGUCACAAACGGCAAGUCGAAUAUCGAGUAUCCGGAGUUUAACGACGACUCGCUCUUUCCAAAGCACAUAGGUAUCAAGGAAGCUACCCUACUUCUGGUCAAAGAGAAACUUGGACGAUAUUCUUUACUACGAGAGCCGCUGUACCUUGAUAAGUGCAUAGUAUGUUGUGAAACGGAUCUCGAAGAUUACUUCGAAAUACAGGAAUUGUCUUCUAAAGAGACGUUUAUAUUUAAGGCCGAGGACGGCGCGAGAACAAAAAGGUGGUGCAGAACGUUACAGGCUCACGCGCAGUCCCUUGGUGCUUGGCGAAAACGUCGAGGGGCUCUUCCUAAUAUUAUGAUCUGCGGUGUAGCAAGGAACUAACGACUUAGUUGUAAUAGGCACGUAUGCAACGCGAUGUUAUCGUAUCGCGAUUUAACACAUUCUUAAGCGACACUGAAGCUAUCCGACAGUGCGAACAAGUCUAAGCGAUUGCAUAAAUGUACAUGAUCUCCAGAUGAAUUAGUAAUGAUUUGUUGCGGAGAGAGAACGCUAGACCAAAGGAUUUCCUCGGCUCGUUGGCACGCUGCCGUCGACGAGCGACACGAAAGUCUAGUUCUUACCGAAUUCGAAGUAUAACCAUCUGUGUUCGGUUGUUACAGUACGUUGCAGAAACUUUAGUUUCCUACGACACUGUAAGGUAAAACGCUACGUGGCCUCGAAAGCCGCGCAUAAUUCUAUCGAUUCCUAAUGAAUAAUUUUAAGUACACACAUAAUAUAUGUCUACAUAUAUAUAUAGGGCUAUUUAAUAUUAAUGAUUAAACCCUUCAAAAAUGACGAGUAGCUGUGAUAUUGACCGGUGUAUUGGGUAUCGUUUUCUUUUCGCAGAUUAUUUACGGAUGUUAAAGUACUUUAUCCGCCGCAUUUCCCACGUCUGCGACUCUUCUUACCAGUAUCGCUCCUUGCGAAAAUGAUAUUAAUAGGGUAGACUUUAUUAGAUCCGAGGUUCAUAGGGUUCGCAGAUUGAUAGUAUCGAAAAAUCCGCGAGAAUCAGCAGCGUCAAGGAUACAGGGUGCCGUAUACGUCCCGUAUAAUCGGCGUGCAUCGAGAAUUUGAUAAUGCUAGGAAUAUACUUUUGUUCUUAUUCCUCCACAAUUAUUCUCUUCCUCCAAAUAACAGUAUUUUUACUACGUCUAACACAAGCAAAAUGCAAAUUGUACAUUGUACUAUAUUUUUAUUUAAGAAUUAAGCCAUACUGUGUAUGUAUAUAAAUGUAUAUUUACAGACUUCCUCACACAGUUCUAACCGAAAUUCACAUUGUAACGAAUUAAUCUGCUGCAUUACAACCUGCGAUUUAAUAAAAGUAAAACUUGAUGGCA